CGGCAGCCGCCAUGUUGUGUGUCGCUUCCCUGGAGGGACGUCCGGUCGUAAAGAGCCGCUGACGGCAGCUCCAGCCCGGCUGCUCGCUCAAACCAGACCGCAGCUGUAAGCUAUGAGCCGUCCAUCCUCAGCCGGAGCCGGAGGACUCGGGUCCGGGAAAGCGGGGAGCGGGAAACACGGAGGACCGGGAGGUGCCGCCGCCGCGGCGGCUGCAGCCGCAGCCGUGGCAGCGGCCGCCGGUGUGGGCUCCGUGCCCGGGUCAGGGUCCGCCGCCCCCUCCGCCGCCGUGCCGCUCCCCGCGGCCGGUCUGCCCGGGCAGCCCGCGGAGCUCACGGCUCUCUUCGAGUGCCCGGUGUGCUUCGACUACGUGCUGCCGCCCAUCCUGCAGUGCCAGUCGGGUCACCUGGUCUGCAACCAGUGCCGGCAGAAGCUGAGCUGCUGCCCGACCUGCCGAGGCCCCCUGAGCCCGAGCAUCCGCAACCUGGCCAUGGAGAAGGUGGCGUCCACGCUGCCGUUCCCCUGCAAGUACUCGUCGGCCGGCUGCCUGCUGUCUCUCCACCACAGCGAGAAGCCGGACCACGAGGAGGUAUGCGAGUUCAGGCCGUACACCUGUCCGUGUCCCGGGGCAACCUGCAAGUGGCACGGCUCUCUGGAGGCCGUCAUGCCUCACCUGAUGCACGCCCACAAGUCCAUCACCACCCUGCAGGGGGAGGACAUCGUGUUCUUGGCGACGGACAUCAACCUGCCGGGCGCCGUGGACUGGGUGAUGAUGCAGUCCUGCUUCAGCCACCACUUCAUGCUGGUCCUGGAGAAGCAGGAGAAGUACGAAGGCCACCAGCAGUUCUUCGCCGUCGUGCUGCUCAUCGGCACCCGGAAGCAGGCGGAGAACUUUGCCUACCGCCUGGAGCUCAACGGCAACCGGCGCCGGCUCACCUGGGAAGCCACGCCGCGCUCCAUCCAUGACGGCGUGGCGGCGGCCAUCAUGAACAGCGACUGCCUGGUGUUUGACACCUCCAUCGCACAUCUGUUCGCUGACAACGGCAACCUGGGCAUCAACGUCACCAUCUCCAUGUGCUGAGGAGCGUAUCGCAUCUUCAGAGGAUCGUUCUCCUUCGGUUUUGGACGGUAAACGGCAGCCGGCUGAGCACCUGACACGCUUCAGGAUCAGGAAAAAGCUGAACAUUUAUGCAAUUUCCACCCAAACGACUCAACGGCAGGCGCAGGAGGCUGGCUUUAUCUUUUGUUCCUUCGUUAGACAUUGAAGGAAGAAACCUCACAGCAUCAAGCCUUCCUUGAUGCUGAUGAAGAGGAGGGGAGGGCGCCCGCCAGACUUGAGCGGACGUGCUGACGCCUGAAGGCGUCUUUGCCGAUCUCUGCUGCCGAUGCUGCCUUCAGGUCGCACCGCCCACCAGUUGACGAAGAAUCCCUUUCAGGAACCCACCCGACAGCUUUACAUUGUUUCACAGACGGUAAAACUUGAAACUCAGUUCAGGUAUCUUUUUCUUAAUGAAUUAAUAGCAAACGUUUUUUUCUGGUAGCUCCGCCUUCCAGUAGUGAGAAGUGCUGUUUUAUCUCAACACAAAUGGGAAAAACCAAAGAUUUUGUGGAACAAAGACAAGCAUCCGUCUCCCGCUGGAGAAGCUGCAAACUGCAAAAAAAGGAGCAAUCUAUCAACAUAUCUGCUGAUUAAUUUCAUUUUGAUCGAUUAAUCGGGUAAUUAUUACGGCUCUCUGAAGGUGCUGAAAAUAAAACUGGGUGUGCAGGGAGAUCAACUUUGUUCUUUAGUAAAUCCAUCAAUGAGUCCUGUUUGAGCUGAUUACAGAUGAACAGCAUCAGAACCGUGUUCCAGCGGCCGGUCCUGCCUGGGCCUCCAUGAACUCCUGCAGUCAGUGAAGAUGCAGCUGCUUUUUCUGAAGACAGAAGCCCAGAUGCCUGCAGGGGAACACUUUCCUUCAUCCAGUUGUACCACCGGCAAGCUCUGAGAGUAAAGUCCUGAAGAACAUCUGACUGACGGCAUCAGGACCGUCGACUUGUUUGAGUGAGUCACUUAACCACAGACGCCGCCUCCUCGACGCAGAUGAAGAGGUCUCCCAGAAGGUUCUGAUCUCUCACUUCAUCGGUUGGUUUCUAAACAUUUUCCUGGUUAGUUUAUUGUCUCUGCUCGUUUUUAUGUCUUAUUUCUUCAAUUUUGGGCCUAGUUAAUGUCAAAUCUCAUAUUCCGGUACCAGACUGUUUAACAUUUAACGCCCUGUCUCCUGUGGACGACGCUCGUUCCCGCCGUGUCAACAGCUGCGACGUCCUCCCGACGGACCACAUGCGGGUUUUGCUCGGCGCGACCCUCUGCACCUUCUCCGGUGUUGAGGCGUAGACACGGCUUCGCAGCUAACGUUAAAAACGGGUAUGAAGAAGGCUUUUUAGCGGCGAGUAUACACAUUUAUCCUCCGUUUACAGCGUAGAAGUGAAGAGUAUUUACUACGUUGUUCGAUUAAAACCACUCAUGAACAUGGAAGCGACGGUUCCAGAUUCAUCCGUCACGUGUCCUGUGUGUGAAAAAGGCUUUAGGGAUGUUGUUUUGCACAUAUGUUCAUGCUGUGGUUGUAUCUAAAACAUUUUUUACAAAUUAAAUCUUUCAAACACUUGGAUGACGUUUCAGGUCAUCAGGUGACCAUUAACGGGCUCCAACGAGCCUUUUAGACCACGAACCACCCAAUAAAAGCACUUGAUUGAACUGAUUUAAACUG